CAACAAUUCAUCCACCCUGUACAUCAUCACAAACCAUUGACCCUUCCCCAUUCCAUACAUCCCAUCCGUCAACAUGUCUCUCCUCCGCCUCAUCAGAUCUUUUCCCUCCCCCCUGCUUCACCGCCACCUCCCCCUCCGCACCCUAACCACCGCACCCCCCAAGAAGAAAGAAUGGCUCUGCAUCCUCCCCGACAAGCCCAACGUCCUCGACCUCCGCCUGCAAGUCCGGCCUACGCACUACGCGGAACUAAACCCCCUCAUCGAGGCGGGAAAGAUGGUCGUCGGCGGCGCGAUGGUCGACGCCCACCCGGAAGAGGGCAAGCUCCUUUCCUUCAAGGGGAGUAUGAUCGUGGUGACCGGGGAGACGGUGGAGGAGGUGCACGAGCUGAUCAACAAUGAUAUCUACGCCAAGAGUGGGGUGUGGGACUUGGAGAAGGCGCAGAUUAUUCCGUAUAUUUCGGCGGUUCGGGAGCCGUUGAAUAAGGAGUAGAGUUGGUUGGCUGAGGGUGCAGGGUUUUUGGGGCACUGAGCUUACUGGUGAAGGGUUUUUGGCGUAGUGUUUGGUACUUUCCGUGAGUGGCAUGAUCGAAUGCUUGAGGGAAGGUGUUGAGACUUGGGGAUUGGCUUUUCUCGUACGGGCCUUGGGUUCCACUUCUUCUGCUGAGACAGGGACAGUGCAGAUGCUAUACAGUCAUAUACCCUGCACACUAUAUUCAGAUGGGACCUCAUCCGAUCACAUGAGGAGCUUAGGGCCUACAGACGUGGAAUAGCCAUGGGGAAGGUUGUAGCUGAGCAAGUUCGGUAGAUGCGAC